AUGAACAGUACAAAGAACAGAUUAAUAAAUGAGAUACAGAAUAGAAUUAAUGAUAGAUUUGUGAAAAUAGGUGAAAAUUAUACACCAAAGGACCCAGGCAGACAAGAGUUCAGAAAGUGCGGAGUAAAAAGGAAUGAACUUACACUAACCAUAGAAGAAGUCCUUUAUGAUGUAGCAGUAACAAAUGAAGAGAUACAUGCAGCAGAAAUAUAUGCCACUCAGGCAGGAUAUAUUCACUUCUUAACGUACCAUGCAAUUAGAAGAAGUGGCUGGAUACUCAUUAAAGAAGAUAUAAAGACAGAAGUACCCAAUGAUAUAUCUAGAUCUAAUUUAAAUAUCUAUACAAAGUACUUCUAUAAGUUAUACCAGCCAGAUAAGAAUUUCAACAGAAAAAUAUCCACUCAUAUUUCACACCUACUCAUAGUCACACCAUUCCAUACUUUUUCUUCAGAAAUAUUUAGUGCCUUAGAGACAGAAUCUCUAGUCUUCGCAGUCUCCCAUCAGAAUACAUUCACUAUAAUCAGUGCAACCCAGUUCCCUACAGCUGAAUCAUUACUUUCCAAUUAUAUCCCAAAUAAAAGAGUCCAUUAG